UUUUUUCUCGCCACUUUGUUCUUUAUUUUGGAUCUUUGAAAUCAUCAAAAAAAUGUCGAUCAAAAAUAUUGAUUCAAGUGACCGGCAUAUUUUGCCAAAUGGACAUCAUAAUAAUAAUAAUGAUGAUGAUGAUGAUGGUAAAGAUUCAAUUAUUGAGGAAAAAAAAUUACAACAAUCUGACGAUGAUACGGAACAACAACAACAACGCGAUCAAUGGGGUGGACAGGUGGAAUUCCUGUUGGCUUGUCUGGGAAAUGCCGUCGGUUUGGGCAAUUGUUGGCGAUUUCCAUAUUUAUGUUACAAAAAUGGAGGCGGUGCCUUUCUUUUACCAUAUCUAAUCUGUUGUCUAGUAAUUGGUUUGCCAUUAUUUUUAAUUGAAUUGGGUUUGGGACAAUUUUCCGCUAUGGGUCCAGGACAAUUAUGGGCCAAUCUGUCACCAUUGUUUCGUGGUGUUGGUCUAGCAUCGAUUAUUUCAUCAGCUAUUGUUGCCAUCUAUUAUAAUAUGAUCAUUGCAUGGACAUUGUUUUAUUUUGUUGAAUCAUUUUUUGGUCAAAAUUGGCAACGAUGUACAAAUGAAUUUAACACUGAAAAUUGUUUCUCCAUACUCAACAAUAAUAAUAAUAUCACUACAAAUCGAUUUAAUUUCACCAAUACAAAUGUCGAUGUUGUUUUUUCUAAUCAUUCCAUUUCAUCAACUGAAGAAUUUUUCAACAAUUAUGUUCUAAUAAAAUCCAAUGGUAUUGACGAUAUGAAUGAAAUGAAUUGGAAAUUAGUUGCAGCAUUAUUCAUUUCAUGGUGUAUAGUUGCAUUGGCAUUAAUUAAAGGCAUACAAUCAUCCGGUAAAGUUGUUUAUUUUACGGCCACAUUUCCAUAUGUUAUUUUGGCAAUAUUAUUGGCACGUGGCAUUACAUUACCCGGUUCAUAUGAUGGUUUACAUUAUUAUCUAAUGCCUAAUUGGAAACGAAUCUAUGAUGUUGAUGUUUGGCGUGAUGCAGCCGUACAGGUAUUUUAUAGUUUUGGUAUUGGCGGCGGUGGUAUGAUAACAUAUGCUUCAUAUAAUCGUUUCCAUAACCCGGUGACUAAACAUGCAUUAUUGGUUGGUAUUGGAGAUUUUGCUACAUCGAUAUUCUGUGGUGCCGUUGUAUUCACCAUGAUUGGUUAUAUGGCAUCAGCAUUAAAUAAACCAAUCGAACAGAUUGUACAAGAUGGAGCUGGCUUAGCAUUUAUUGUCAUACCCGAAGGCCUUUCCCGGAUGCCAAUAUCAUUAUUAUGGUCGGUACUAUUUUUUACCAUGUUAUUUCUAUUGGGUAUCGAUUCACAAUUUGCCAUGGUCGAAACGGUCAUCACUUAUCUAUUUGAUGACAUUCGAUCCAAAAAACUUAAAGUCAACAAACCAUUGAUUGUUAUAUUGACAUCUAUUGUUUGGUUUCUAUUUGGUUUACCAUUAUGUACGAAUGCUGGUAUCUAUAUUUUUACCAUUAUGGAUGAAUAUUCUAUUGGUAUACCAUGUCUUGUGAUUGGUCUUUUGGAAAUUUUUAUCGUCACUUAUAUUUAUGGAAUUGAUAUAUUUUUCGAUAAUCUAGAAAAGAUGACUAAAUGGAAACCAAAAAUAUUGUUACAAUCACAUCUAGUCAUAAUGAUCACUGUUAUUGCACCGGGUGUAAUGUUGUGGAUAUUAGUGAAACAAUUGUUCGAAACACCAGCAUUAAAUUAUGGUUCAUAUCAAUAUCCAUAUUGGGCCAUUUGGAUUGGCUGGUCAUUUGCAUUAUUAUCGAUCAUUGCCAUACCAUUGAUGAUGAUUAAAGAAUCGUUACUAGUAUUAUUUUCGAAUAAAUAUUCGAAAAAAACAAUCAAUCAAAAAUUACGAAUGCUUAUCAAACCAACUGGUAAAUGGUGGAAUAACUAUAAUCAUAUGCAUAAAAAUGAAUCAUUUUAUGAUGAUACAAUCAUGAAUAAUGUCCAUAAUAAUAACAAUAAUCAAAUAUCAACGACAGAUAGUUUUGAUUUAAUGAUACAAUCAGCAUCGAAUGAAACAAUUAAUGAAAUUCCAACGAAAAUAAUUUCUACAAAACCAAUAAAUGGACGUAUCAAUCAUGCAGCAACUAUUAAUGAUGAAUGAAUGAAUCAGUUCAGCAUUCGAACAUCUGAAAGAAUUUUCAUCAAUCACAAACAAUUAUUGGACAUUCCAUCGUCAUCAUCAUCAUCAUCAUCAUUUUCAUCAUAAACAUUAAAUUUAAAUUGACAAAUUUUAUCAAAUGACCAAAUUUCUAAGUUAAAUGUAAAGAAAUUGAAUGAAAAAAAAUGAAUUAAAUUAUUAAAAUCAAUAUUACGAAAUCUUCAA